ACCAAAAAAGAAAAUGGGGCAAAAUUGGUAAUACAGCGACCUCUCAGCAAUCUAGAUUAAAAACGUGUUUUUUAAUACUAACUAUCUCUCUUAUCCAGACAAAAGUGCAAAUGGUUUUAAAUUACUUUAGAAUCUAUUCUAGAAUAUUUCGCUAUUAAUAAAUUAUUCUAGAUAGAAAUUUUUGUUUUUAUCAAAGCUAUUUAACCAUUUGCUCAACAACCAAGAAGAAAAGAGAAAUUUGUUAAGAAAUUUUUCUAAAGAACAUUUGAUUGUGAAUAAAGAUGAUUAAACAAUUAGUUAUCUCCCGUUUGAGUAGGCUUAUAUGUAAAGAUAUUCAAAAACGUGCAUUCAGUUCUUCUAUGUCAACUGAAGAAAGCCUAAACCAACUGGGAAUCAAAGGAGCUAAGAAAGACAAGCUUAUUGACGAGCAACAAUGCGAAGAUAUUCAACUUGCCAACACUUACAAUAGGACUUUUGAGGAUCAUUUAUUUGAAGUCUUAAAAAAUGAUAAACAACUUGUUCCCAUUUCUAAAUUUAUCAAGGGUUUAGAGGCAACUGGUUUGAGAACUAGCGACCCACGACUUAAAGAAUGUAUGUCAAAGAUAUUCAAUAUUCAAUCAAGCUUAAGAGAAAGAGGUGGAGAAGAUGAUUCUGUUACUGUUGACAAAGAAACUUUUACUGAAUGUAUAAGAGAUAAUAUUACACUAAUUAGAAAAGCAUUCACAACUGAAUUGGUUAUACCAGAGUUUGGUAGGUUUACUCAAAUGUUAGAUGAUAUUUAUUGGCGACUCAAGGAUAGAAUGGACGGGAAAGUUGCUGAUUAUAUUCCUCAAUUGUCUAGAGUAUCACCAGAAAAUUGGGGUGUCACUGUAUGCUCAGUUGAUGGACAAAGGCAUUCCAUAGGAGACACAAGCUCUCCAUUUUGCGUUCAAUCCGUGAGUAAGCCACUUAAUUACGCUAUUGCAAUAAACGACCUUGGUCCUGAUGCUGUACACCAAUAUACGGGUCAUGAACCGAGCGGAGAAAGCUUUAACGAAAUAAAGCUAGGAUUAAACAAUAAACCUCAUAAUCCUAUGAUAAAUGCGGGAGCAAUAGUUGUUACUUCUUUAUUGAAAAAUAAGGAAAAAUUAGCCGAUAGGUUUGAUUAUAUUAAGAAGCAAUAUGAAAGAAUCGCUGGUGGUGAAUAUAUUGGAUUUAAUAAUGCCGUCUUUCUUUCGGAAAGGGAAUCUGCUGACAGAAACUACGCUCUUGGUUACUAUUUAAAGGAGAACAAGUGUUUUCCGGAAGGAGUUAAUCUUAGUGAGACUUUGGACUUCUAUUUUCAAUUGUGCUCCUGCGAUGUAACAUGCGAAAGUGCGUCCGUUAUUGCGGCUACUUUAGCAAAUGGCGGUAUUUGUCCUAUCACUGGGGACAAGAUUCUAUCAGCAGUUUCAGUUAGAAAUACCCUUUCCCUAAUGCAUUCAUGCGGCAUGUAUGACUACAGUGGUCAGUGGGCCUUUAAUGUCGGACUUCCUGCAAAGUCAGGCGUCUCAGGUUUAAUUUUAGUUGUUGUACCAAAUGUUAUGGGUUUGGCCCUUUGGUCACCUUUGUUAGAUCGUCACGGUAAUAGUAUACGAGGAAUUUCUUUCAGCGAGGAACUCAUAAGGACAUUCAAUUUUCACAAUUAUGAUAAUCUUAAGCACACAGUACGAAAGACUGAUCCGCGAAGAAGACAAAUGGAAAGAAAAGGACAACAAAUAGUUACCCUCCUCUUCGGAGCUUACAACGGAGAUGUUUCGGCUUUAAGACGGCAAUAUCUAUUAGGAAUCGAUAUGAAUCAAGCAGAUUAUGAUGGAAGAACAGCUUUACAUAUAUCAGCUGCUGAAGGUCACAUAGAUUGCGUCACAUUCCUAAUAGAAACAUGCGGUGUUGACGUAUCUCCCAAGGAUAGAUGGAAUUUUUCGCCUCUUGACGAUGCAAACAGGUUUGGUCAUGAAAAAGUGGUGAAGUACUUAAAGGAAAGACUUUCUAAAAAAGCUCAAAAUACGAAGAAUCAAGCAAUAUUUAUUUAA